GCGACCUGGACGGUGCGGCGGGCGGCCCUGGGUCAUGGCCGGCGGGGCAGCGCCCCGGGGUGCCGAGCUGCUGGCUUUCGCGAGGUUCCGGGAGUUGAGCAAGCGGCCGCUCGCCUAUGGCUAUGGCCCGCGCGGCCUGCGGGAGCUGCGCCAGCGCGAAUUCGGCCGCCUGGCAGGAACUGUCUACCUUGAUCAUGCAGGAGCCACACUGUUCCCCCAGAGUCAGCUCAUGAGCUUCACGAAUGAUCUCAUGGAAAAUGUUUAUGGUAAUCCUCACAGCCAGAAUAUCAGCAGCAGGCUCACCCACGACACCGUGGAGCACGUGCGCUACAGGAUUCUGGCGCACUUCCACACCUCCCCAGAGGACUACAGCGUCAUUUUCACGGCAGGGAGCACAGCUGCUCUUAAACUGGUGGCAGAGGCCUUCCCGUGGGUGUCCCCUGGCCCGGAGAGCUGCGGAAGCCGGUUCUGUUACCUCACGGACAGCCACACCUCCGUGGUGGGCAUGAGGAAGGUCACCAUGGCCAUGAACGUCACCUCUGUCCCAGUCAGGCCAGAGGACAUGUGGUCAGCGGAGACUGGGGGCAUGGAUGCCGGUGACCCCGACAGCCAGCUUCCACAUCUCUUUUGUUACCCUGCGCAGAGUAAUUUUUCUGGAACCAGAUACCCCCUGUCCUGGAUAGGAGAGGUCAAGGCUGGGCGGAGGUGCCCGGUGAGCGUGCCCGGGAAGUGGUUCGUGCUGCUCGAUGCGGCCUCCUAUGUGAGCACCUCCCCUUUGGACUUGUCGGUUCACCAGGCCGACUUUGUCCCCCUCUCCUUCUAUAAGAUCUUUGGAUUCCCCACCGGCCUGGGCGCUCUGCUGGUGAAUAAUCGUGUGGCUCCUCUGCUGAGGAAAACCUACUUUGGAGGGGGCACAGCCUCUGCAUACCUCGCAGGGGAAGACUUCUACAUCCCACGGCACUCAGUGGCUGAAAGGUUUGAAGAUGGCACCAUCUCGUUCCUUGACGUGAUAGCACUAAAACACGGAUUUGAUGCCCUAGAGCACCUCACAGGUGGGAUGGAGAAUAUAAAGCAACACACCUUCACCCUGGCUCAGUACACCUACAUGGCCCUGUCUGCUCUCCGGUACCCCAGUGGAGCCCCCAUGGUGCGGAUUUACAGCGACUCUGAAUUCAGCAGCCCGGAGGUGCAGGGUCCAGUCAUCAAUUUUAAUGUGCUCGACCCCAGUGGGAACAUCAUCGGUUAUUCCCAGGUGGAUAAAAUGGCCAGUCUUUACAACAUCCACCUGCGAACUGGCUGCUUCUGCAACACUGGGGCCUGCCAGAGGCACCUGGGGAUAAGCGACAAGAUGGUCAAGAAGCAUCUUCAGGCUGGUCAUGUCUGUGGAGAUGAUGUGGACAUCAUAGAUGGGCAGCCUACAGGGUCUGUGAGGAUUUCCUUUGGGUACAUGUCUACACUUGAGGAUGCCCAGGCCUUUCUCAGGUUCAUCAUAGCAAUGCAACUGCACCAGUCUGAUGGCCAGCCUCUCCCUCAGACCACCCCUGGGGAGGCUGGAGCUGUGUCAGAGAGCGAGGCUCUGGAUGCCAGGCUGAUCACUGUGGACACAUGUAGUUCCUCACCUCAGGAAGAUGUCUGCACAGCCUCUGGGGUUGGUGACGACUCGCCUAGCACUGUGGAUGCAGGGGGUUUGCACCCACAUCUGCCAGCGGCCACCGGAACCCAGGAGACCCCUCCAGAGAAAGCAGCAGGAGUCCUGCAUGGGGGCCUUGGGCCACAUGUCAUCACCAAUCUUUACCUCUACCCGAUCAAAUCCUGUGCUGCAUUUGAGGUGACCAAGUGGCCUCUAGGAAAUCAAGGCCUGCUAUAUGACCGGAGCUGGAUGGUUGUGAACCACAAUGGCGUGUGCCUGAGUCAGAAGCAGGAGCCCCAGCUCUGCCUGAUCCAGCCCUUCAUUGACCUGCAGCAAAAGGUCAUGGUCCUCAAAGCCAAAGGGAUGGAGCCUAUAGAGGUGCCUCUUGAGGAAAAUGAACAGGCUCAGGUUUGCCAAAGCAAGGUCUGUGCGGACAGGGUAAACACUUAUAACUGUGGAGAAAAAGUUUCGAGCUGGUUGUCAAGGUUUUUUGGCCGUCCAUGUCAGCUGAUCAAACAAAGUUCAGACUUUCAAAGAAGUGCAAAGAGACGGGGCAAAGAUCAGUCUGCUGGCACAACAGCCACCCUUUCUCUGGUGAACGAAGCGCAGUAUUUGCUGAUAAACAGAUCUAGUGUUCUGGAGCUCCAGCAGCAGUUAAAUGCCAGUGAUGAGAAUGGAAAGGAGGAAUUGUUCCCAAUGGAAGACCUCAUCUCACGGUUCCGUGCCAAUAUUAUUACCAACGGAACAAGGGCUUUUGAAGAAGAGAAGUGGAAUGAGAUUUCAAUUGGUUCCUUGCAUUUCCAGGUUUCAGGGCCUUGUCACAGAUGCCAGAUGAUUUGCAUCGACCAGCAAACAGGGCAGCGAAACCAAAAUGUUUUCCAAAAACUUUCCGAGAGUCGCGAGAGAAAGGUGAACUUUGGAGUGUACCUGAUGCAUAUGUCUCCGGACUUGUCUUCCCCAUGUUUCCUGUCUGUAGGAUCUCAGGUGCUCCCUGUGUUGAAAGAAAACGCAGAGCACCAUGAUUUACCUGCUUCUGACUAACAUCAAGAAGUUACCUCCUAAAACGUUUUUUCAGCAUAAAUUAAAAUUUCUCUUUUACAA